ACUCUGUUCGUUUUGUCUUUCUUCCCUUGGUCUGUGCACGGCCAGUAGGCUAGUGUUCACUCUGUUCUGACUCUCAUUGCCGUCUUGUGGACUCACUCGCUGACGAGAGAGACAGAGGACAAGACUCAAGUAUGGCUAUCAGUCCUGAUGGUAUCCUUCCUAAUAUCUCAAGGAAGAAUCCUGAGAGAGACUUUGAAUUGGUCAAGCAAAUUGGAUCUGGGACGUACGGUGAAGUGUACAAGGCUAAACUAGUGAAGACUGGUCAGCUAUGUGCCCUCAAGAUUAUAAAAAUUGAACCAGGAGAGGAUUUCAAUAUAAUUCAACAGGAGAUACUCAUUCUUUCUGAAUGUAAACACGCCAACAUUGUUGGGUAUUUAGGUUCAUAUUUAAGGUCAGUAAAACACACGCUAAUCUUUUACAAACCUUGUAUGCAUCAUCCUAUGAGAGCUCUCUAUCUAAUGACAAAGCGUAACUUCCGUCCCCCUACUUUGCAGCACAAGAACAAAUGGAGUAACAACUUUCACGAUUUCCUGUCUCAAGCCCUGAAGAAGGAUCCAAAGAUCAGACCAAAUGCUGAUGACCUCCUCAAGCAUGAGUUUGUUCAUCGUGAUCUCAGUGGUUUAUUGAUGGUUCCGCUCAUAAGAGUAUUAGAAGCUCCAUCUCCUAAACCCAAGAUGUCAGCAUCUGAUCCUGAUGAAGAGGAUGAUACAGGGGCAAGAAAAGAGAGUCAAAUGAAGAGAAUAUCAUCAGUGAAGCAUCAUAAUAAGAUAGACAGACAAAUAUCUGAUGUUGCAAUGCACGGGUUGAACUUACCUCCUAAACAAGAGGCACAGGAACCUAUUUCGGCAUGGCUAGAUGAGCCGUUUCAUAAGCCACGCAUUCAAAGACUCUCUGCUGAAGCUAUAACACAAUAUGACAUGACCGACCCUGAGUAUCAGAGUGUUGAUUCAAUAUAUCAGUCGCCUGAAGACUCUCUUACUCCUCCUCCUGCUGACAGGACGCCAGUUGCUCCCCCCGUGCCUCCUCGCGGUACCUCUUCCUCAAGGAUAUCAAGAGUACCCAUUCCUCUACCUGAUGAUAACAAUUCGCCUCAUGUCUAUGGAAACGUUGGACCAAGUAAUCCCCCGGUACCUCCGAGAAACCGGCCUCCUCAAGAGACGGUCACACCGACUAACCCAACUCCUCCUGCUGUUCCUCCUCGUCCAUCAUCAAAGCCCUCAAUCCAUAAGAAACAGUCGACAGAGGGAAGAGCCUACUUUUCUAAAAUAUUCAACGGUUGCCCGUUAAAAUUACACUGUGCCACUUCUUGGACUCAUCCACAUAAUCAAAACUAUUAUGUGCUAUUGGGAGCUGAGGAAGGAUUAUUUUCACUUCAAGCCAACACUCAACAAGACCCAGUCAUGGAACAGGUGUCACCAAGGAGCUGUCACUGGCUUCGUGUUGUUGAGAAUGUACUAAUAUGGCUAUCAGGAACCAAUCACAUGAUUUCUAUGACAAAUCUGAUCCAGUUGUUUCAGAGUGAGUCACAGAAGGCACCUGGUCACAGAAAUCGAAGUCACACAUCUAAGAUCCAUGAUUCUAAAGGAUGCUACAAGUGCAGUAUUGCUCGUAAUCCAUUCUCUGAUCAAAGAUACUUACUGGCCGCUGUGCCCAAGGGGAUAUUAGUGAUGCAGUGGUAUCAGCCCCGCCAUGCUUUCAUGCAUGUCAAACUGUUUGAGUGUUCACUGCCUAGUCCUCUUAACAUGUUUGAGGCUUUUGUUAUUGAGAAUGAUGAAUACCCCAGUGUAUGUGUUGGAGUUAGAGAAAGUGAAGGCGGUAAUGUUCAGUUUAAUGCUAUUAAUAUCAAUUCUAAUUCCUGUUGGUUUGACAGUUUUAGCAAUGAUGAAAUCAUUGAACUGCAGCAAUUGGAGAAAGACACCAUCUUUGUAGCUAGCCAAUUCUGUGCUAAAUUUGUUGAUCUAAAUGGAACUAUGAAACCAAGUGGGAAACAAGCUUCACAGAUAUACUUUGAUAAGAAGACAGAGUCAAUGGUUUAUCUGCAGAAUUGUGUUCUUAGCUUUCAUAAACAUGGAAUGCAGGGAAAAUCACUAAUAACUCAACAAGUCACUGCUGAAGUUGCAGAUAGUUCUAAAGUAUUCCAUUUAUUAGGAUCACAUGGCACAAUCAUCAUUGAAACGAAACAAGCAGAUGAUGCUUCAGGUCCUUCUAAUCUUUAUAUAUUGGUUUCAGAGGAGGCCUACCACGUUCACUCACAAUAAUAUAAUCCUCUUUGUUUCACACUCACAUCACCCUCUUUAUUCUCAUGUCCUGUUCUACUCUGCUUGAAUUUUAGUUUUAGUAUGUGUACAUGGUCACAUUUGUUGAAAAUGUUGUCAGUCUUUAGAAAGUCUUUAGUAUUUUAUACUACUACUUCUUCCUGUGUAUCUGAACUAUACUUAACCAUUUCUCUCUGGACAUUGGGAACUUAUUACUAUUAUUAUAGAAAUAAAUAAUUAUUUUUGUUAUACUUUCUUACAUUACUUAUAAUGUAAUUUGUAUGUAUUAUUUUUGUUGAAUUAUACUAAUUAUUAUUAUGUUACUAUUAUUAUUAUUAUUAUUAUUAUUAUUAUUAUUUAUCUUUUUCACUUUGCAAUAGACAUGUCAAUUUGAAAUCUUUUUUUAUUUUUCAAUGUUUGUGUGCACUCUAAUGACUUGUGGGUGUUCAUU